CACGAAUGGAAUUCUCUCUGUGACAUCAUCAGAAUUUUGGGUAUAUAAGGCUGAUUUACACCGGUCUGUUCAGUCAGUAUCUUCACUUCUCGAGGGAGUAAAUCCAAGAGUCAAGACACAAGACAAGUACCAAGUACCAAGUACAACGUACCAAGAACCAAGAACCAAGAGCCAAAGGAUCUUCAAAACACCAACAAGAAUGGAGAACAAACCCAUGAAGGACUCCACUGUCCAGGAGGACAAAACAUCAGCGGCUUUACGAGAAGAAAACACACUUCUCAAGGAGAAACUGCUUGACGCCCAAUUCAAGCAGAACCUCGCUGAAUGCAGACUGGCAGCUGCAAAAAAUACCAUUGCAGCUCUACAAGGCCAGCUGAAAGAGGCCCGCGGCGCCCUGGUCAGCAAGAUAGCCAACGUUGACCAGAAGAUGAACGACAUGAAGCAGAGGCUGGGACAGGUCAUCGCCUCAAAGUCUGCUGCCAACAAGAACCGGCAGGACAAGUACCAGUGGAUCCGCACCCACAGGGACCAGGAGCAGCAAACAGACGACCAGCUCAAGAAACAACAGGAGAAGGACCUGGACGCUGCAAAAUACCAGGAGGAAACCGAGGACCUCCGCCAAAAAAUCCAAGAGCUGAAAGACAAACUCAGCAACGAGGAGGCCCUCAGGAAAGUGAGCGAGGCAGCGGCCCUGGAGAUGAAAAACAAGCUUCAGGGAAAGAUCGAAGCCGCGAAAGAGGCCACGCUGAAGGUUGGUGAGCUGCAGCAGGAGGUGCAGAAAAUCAGGCAGGAGGCUCAGGAGGAGCUGAGCCACGUAAAGACCUCCUACAUCACCCAGCUGGAAGAGCUGAAGCGGGUGAAUGCUGACAUCGCAGCUGCCCAGAAGACCACGGAGGAGCAGCUGGCCAGCUACAAGACCCAGUGGCAGCAGGAGAGAGCUUCACUGAAGGAAGCGCUCCAGCUUUUCCAGGAGAGCCAGGAGGAGAAGCAGGAGGAGUGGUCUAGGACCGAGGCAGAGAUGACCUGCAGGAUGAAGUACCUGGAGAGCCUCAUGAAGGAGAUGCUGGAGAAAAAGGCCAGAAGGAGGAGAGGUUGGUUUGCCAGGCACUUCAUGUGCUCUGGCUCCCAAUGAGUUGGUAGGUGGGGGGUGGGGUGGGGUUGAGACUAGUUUAACACCAUGACGUCCUCCCCUCCCCUCCCCCCUACCGGUCGAGGCAGACGGCCGCCCACCAUGAGUCCGGGUCUGCUCGAGGUUUCUGGCCAUUAAAGGGUCAGUUUUUCCUCGCCACAGUUGCCAAGUGCUUGCUCAUGGUUGGGCUUUGUUGGGUAUAGACCUCCUAAAAACAAUAAAGAAAAUCAGUUCAGACAUGAACAUUUGGCCCAGAUUUGAAUUGAAUAAAACUUCAGGAAAUUUAGAAUUUCUGUGAUGUU